AUGGCCGGGUUCUGGCGCCCAGGCGCGGACGCUCCCUCGACGUCCGCGCCGUCGACUCUCUUAACUCUCGACGUCGACGCCGAUGCCGACGCCACGGGGACGUUGAUUCAAUUCGAGAAAAAUCCGAAAGCGUCGCUGAGCGCGCGUCGUCGCGCGCUCCCGAUCGCGGCGCACGCGGACGAAUUGAUGUACUGCGUCGAGAAACAUCAAACCACGGUCAUCGUCGGGCACACGGGGUGCGGAAAGACGACGCAGAUACCGCAGUACCUGCGAGACGGCGGCUGGUGCGGCGGCGGCGCGACUGUGGCGGUGACGCAGCCGAGACGAGUGGCGGCGCAGACGGUGGCGCAACGCGUCGCAGAGGAGGUAGGGUGUGUGAUAGGGGAUACAGUUGGGUACGCGAUACGAUUUGAGGACGUGUGCACGCCGGGGAAGACGGAGAUUAAAUUUUGCACGGAUGGAGCGCUGUUGCGCGAGCUCGCGGAGGAUCCGUUGUUGACAAAGUAUUCGGUGGUGAUAGUGGACGAGGCGCACGAGCGCACGUUAGCGACGGACGUGUUGUUAGGAUUAUUGAAGAAAGUGCAGCGCGCGAGAAGGGAUUUGCGGUUGAUCGUGUCGAGCGCGACGAUUCAGGCGGAAUCAUUCGCGGCGUUCUUUGACGCGAGCGGCGAGGACGACGACGGCGAUGGACCUUCGAGAAAGCCCAUCAUCAUGUCCGUCGAAGGUCGAGCGCACGGUGUGUUGAUUCAUUAUCUGGAUGAACCGACCGGAGAUUACGUGUUGAGCGCGGUAGAGACGGCGUUGGAAGUGCAUCGAAACGAAGGACCAGGUGAUAUAUUAAUCUUUCUCACAGGCGAGGGCGAGAUCGACGACGCCGUCAACUUGCUCGAAGAGGAAGCGCGAGAGAUGAAACGCGAUCCGAGACGGUCACACGAUGCGCUGGAUUUAGUGGUUUGUCCACUGUAUGCGGGAUUAAAUCCUGCGGCGCAGUUGGAGGCGUUUCGACCGCCGCGCAGAGGCGCGCGCAAAGUCGUCGUGGCGACAAACGUUGCCGAAACGUCUGUGACGAUUGAAGGUGUCGUGUACGUCAUAGAUUCAUGCUUUGCGAAGCAAAAGGCGUUCGACCCAGAGCGCGGCAUGGAGAGUUUGUUCGUCGCACCCGCGAGCAAGGCGAGUACGAACCAACGCGCCGGUCGCGCCGGUCGCGUGCGUCCGGGUAAAUGCUUUCGCUUGUGCACCGAGAUUGACUAUCGCUCGUUGGCCGACGUCACGGCUCCGGAGAUCGUUCGAAGUGACCUCGCGAGUACGGUUUUGCAGAUCAAGGCGAUGGGUAUUGAUAAUAUCAUGAACUUUGAGUGGGUGUCGCCGCCGCCCGCGGCGAACAUGAUCAAGGCGCUCGAGCUUUUAUACGCGCUCAGGGCUUUGGACGACGACGCCAAGCUCACGAGUCCGCUCGGCGUGCACUUAGCCGAAAUCCCACUCGAGCCGCAGCUAGGGAAGAUGCUCCUCGUGAGUGGAGAGAUGGGAUGCGUAAGGGAAGCGUUGACUGUCGCGGCGUACAUGCAAGUGCAGUCGUUGUGGGUCACGCAUCGCGGGCAAAAGAAACGCUUAGAUGAGAUGCGCGACCGCUUUGCCGUGGAAGAAGGAGACGCAGUGAUGAUGUUGAACAUCCACGACGCGUACUGUGACGCGAGAAACCAGGCAAAGUUUGCGAGCAACAACAUGCUCAAUCAUCGAGCGCUGCUUCGGGCUGGAGAUGUACGCAGUCAAUUGAAAAAGCAUCUCGCUAGACUGGGAGUCGUCACGAAUUCGUCUUGCGGCGAUGAUACGGUACCAAUUCGACGUGCGAUUGCUGCUGGGUUCUUUGCUAACGCUGCAACGCUCGCGCCCUACGGUGGCGGCCCCGAUGGUUCCGUCUUUCAUUCUCUCCGCGCGAUGAGUGCGCGCGCGCGUGCUCGAGAGCUCCGAAUACAUCCAAGCUCCGCGCUGUUCCGCUCGCGACCGCAAUGCGUGGCGUAUUGCUCCGCCGUUCGCACAGAUCGCGAGUACAUGCGCGACGUCACCGUCGUCGAAGCCGAUUGGUUGCGCGAGCUCGCGCCGCACUUCUAUCGCGCGGUGAGCGCCAAUCCGACGACGCAAUAG